CAAAACUCCAGCCAGCGCUUCAGCAGCAGACUGAGGAAGGACCCACCCAUCGCACAACAUCCACUCUCUCCCCAGUCUGAACGGGCUCAGGUAACUGAACACCUGACUCACUCGUCGACUCACCAUGCAGCCUGACAUUCACCUGCAGUAGUAAUGCCCGCCUUCAGGCCUCCUGCUCCUCUCUGCGUGCUGCUGUGUGUGUCUCUGGCUCUGCAGCGCUCUGACCUGCGCCUGGCUUAUGUGACCCACAACAGCUUCUUCUACUACUCCUGCAGCCAGGACCCGCAGCCGUGCAGCGUCGCAUCACUGACAGACUGCAGAUGCAAGGACAUCCAGCUCUCCACGCUGCACCACCCUCAGUCGCACUCAUCCCCCGUGUUCCGCAUGAGACGUCUCACUGUUUGGUUCACGUCGCCGUCGAACACGGCUCGUCUGCUCAACAACUCGGAGGUGAGGCACCUCACACUGAUCCACUGUGGCGCAGGGGGAUCCAGAGGGACGGCCUCCUCUUCCCUGCAGGGACAUUUUGCUGUUCAGCACCUGGAGAGGCUGACAGUGGUGAACAUGCCUCAGAGAGCGCCUCACCACUGUCCAGAUGCAAACAGAGCCAAGAGUACAGACUCAAACAGUGACACAGACACAGAUAACGGCGCUCAACUGGGCACAAAUAGCUACAACAGGGACAGAGACCCAUACCUGGACCUGAUUACAGACAUGAAGAGAGAUUCCUUGGAUUUUCCAUCGACCCACAUCCAAGACAUCUUCCUGGGCCGGGAGCUGGGUGCGGCCUAUCACGAACAGGCCAGACUGGGCAUCAUCCACAGCUCCGUGCUGGAGUGGGGAGCCACAGUGAAAGCCUACACAGUCCAGACACACAUAGACACGGAUGGUUUGCUGCCAUUUCCUGACCUCUACCUGCCAAAAUUACCAGCAACGCCUGUCAUAUAUGUGAGCUUUGUGUACUAACACCAAGCUGCUUUUAGAUAAUGAACAACAACAAAAAAAAAAAAGAGCCAGUGUUUAGGACAAGGAUAAACCACUAUCUUAAGCUUUCGGGCUUAAGUCAGAAUCAGGUCCACACUUCCCAUUCAUAUUUUAAAGGUACAGUGUGUAGGAUUAGGCACCAUCUAUUGGUUGCAAUACCUCCAUCUUGUCCUCUCCCUUGUGUCCUCUUCUGUUACACCAACUGUCUUCACAUCCCCCUUAACAACAUCCAUGAACCUUCUCUGUGGUCUUCCUCUUUUCCUCCUGCCCAGCACAUCCAUCUUCAACACCCCUAUAGUCACUAUACUUUUUUUCCUAAACCAUUCAAACUCCACCUGGGUCACUCUGUAUCUUCAGCUCUGUUGAAACCAAGUUUCCUUAUCCUCGGUCCCCUCUUCAGAGGAUACACCGGACACCUUCUUGGCUGUAUUUCUCACCAACUCAUCUGCACUUUCAGUCAUCUGGUAACUCUUCACUACCUCUCAGAGCCUGUUGCAGCUCCUCCCUGAACUCUGCAACAUUCUAGGUUCUGCCUUCACUUGCUUUCUCUUCUUUGUUUUCCUUAACUAAUCCGUGCCUAUCCACGCUCCCCUGGCAUCACCUUGCAGUCUUUUAUCUCCUUCAGAUUGCAUCUCCCUGUGAACAUCUUCCUCCACUCUUAUAGCUCACCCUUAGUUCCUCCCCUCUUUCUGAAGACUGUGUUUACCACAGCCAUUCCCAUCCUAUUUGCAAAAUCCCUCAACCAUCUGUGCUUCCACAUGUCUCUCCUUGACCUCAUACCUACCCAAACACCUCCUCGUCACCUCUGUUCCCUUAACCAACAUGCUGACAGAAGUCUGCUCCCAUCACCACGCUCUCAAAGACAACACUCUCUAUACUUCAUCCAACUUACUCCUAUUCCUCUUCUAACUGACAACCCACUUUUUUGUGGCAUAAGCCCUGACAACAUUCAACAUCACUCCUUGAGUUUUGGCCAACAGUUGCACAGUUUCCAUCAGCACUGGAGGCCGUUGUUGUUAACCCGGCCCUCGACACAUUCUAUGUGGCAGAAGUGAUUAUAUUUGAUUUGGCAAAAGGUUUUUCACCAAAUUCCUUUCCCUCCCACUUCUUUUUGAGCCUGGCACUAAGAGUACACUGGAUGUCGCCCCCCAGUGGCCGGGUUAGUCUCCUGCAUGCCUGUGUAGCCUUCAAUUAUCAUUAAAACUCAAAAUAUGUUUAGUUUGUCCAUUGUGGGCCACUAUAAAAACUUGGUGGUCCAACAUGGCAGCCUCUGUAAAAGGCACCAGCUCCAGAUGUUAAUAUAAAGGGUCUAGGGGUAAUGAAAGGAUUAAACUCAGGAAUCUAGUAUAACGAAACACAAACAAUAAGUAAAUCUUCAAACAAUAUGUAGUAUCAACCAAAUGAAUCAUUAAAUGAGCGAACGUCUAUAAAACUCACAGCCAGUGUCCCUUUGUUCUUGUGGAUUGUUUGGAGGGAAAAUAGGGGGGGUCAAAGGGCGGAAGGGGCGGGUUAUAUAGGAUUAGGGGUGUGGUCCAGGUAGGUGUGGCAGUGAUGAGGCAGGUGAGGAGGAGACAGGUGAGGUGGAGACUUGGGAUUUUAACAGGACCUUUAAGAGAUUAUCACAUCUGUUUAUCAGCAUGUUAUAGCAAACCAUGUCAACUAAUGAGUGACCUGAUGCGGGACUGGAGCCGCCUGCCAUCCCCCCACCCCCUCCAGCUGAAGUGCACUUUAUUUUCAAAUUAUAUUAACAGUGAAUUGAUGAUUUCAUCCCUAAAAUAAAUGUUUUUUAUUCCCCUGGUUUUCUGCUGCACAGAAAAGACAGCGAUGUUAGUAUCCACCUCCAGGUGUGACUCAAAAACAGCUGUAAUUUUAAAAUAUACUAUACCUUACUAUACCUACCUAGUGUUGUCAUGGAUACCUGAGUAAUGUGUGAAAAGUGAAUAGGUUCAGUGAAUGUGUGCUGUUUAUUUGAUUAAUCAGUUUGGGGAAAUAAUGAUACGAAAAAUUUGAUCCACUGUUUUUUUUUCCAAACUUGGGAACCACUCAGUUCUGUCUUUGUUAUAUUUCUUCAUGUUGUAGAGAGAGGAUUUUAUUACAAACCUAUACAUUUCAGCUCUGAGUGAAGACGCUGAGGUCAUUUGGAGAUCAUUUCCUGGGCAAAAGUAACCAGAUUUUUUUUAAUGUUUUCUUGUGCUUACAAUAUUGAACCACUAGAUGGCAGCAGAUACAUUUGAGUCAAAGAGACAUCGUUUGUUUUGUGUCUUUUAAUUUUAUUUGAAAGUUAUUUGUAACAACACACACACACACACGUGUCAUGACACAGCUCAGCACUUUAACUAGGUUGCAAGGAAUGUUGUUUUUCUUUUUUCUUAAAUGGACAAAGGUGCAUUGCUAUGUAUGGCCUGAUAUUUAUUCUUUUAAAAUAAGUAUGUACAUGUUUACAGCAAAAAAAAAGAGGAAAAAUAAAUUAUUUACACGUCA